AUGUAUAAGUUUCUACCCAAGACUAAGAUCUCCUAUGAACUGGGGAAAAAUAUGACUAGUCAUGAAUUGAUGAUGUCAUUGGGAUUUAUCCAGCAACCAAAGAGUGGAUUAGUUCAUUGGUUACCAUUAGGUUUGAGAGUAUUACAAAAGACAGAAAAUAUAAUUCGUAAACAUAUGAGAUUAGAGGAUUGUAUUGAAUUACAAUUGAGUCAAUUAUCAGUAGAUGAUAAUUGGAAACAAUCAGGACGAUGGUAUAAUAAAGAAUUUUUCAAAAUUAUUGAUUCCAAGAAAAAUGAAUAUUGUCUUAUCCCCACCUGUGAGGAAGAUAUCAAUGUGUUAAUGAAGACGUAUUUGAAAAGUUAUAAAGAUUUACCAAUGAUUGUAUAUCAAAUUACUAAUAAAUAUAGGGAUGAAUUACGACCUCGAGGAGGGUUAUUAAGAUCCAAAGAGUUUCUAAUGAAAGAUGCGUAUUCAUUUGCACGAACUCCUGAAGAAAGUAUGCAAAUAUUUGACAAAAUGAAUGCUGCUUAUACGCGAAUCUUUGAAGAAAUUGGAAUGCCAUACCAUGUUGCAUGGGCUGAUAAUGGGAACAUGGGAGGAGAUUGUAGUAAAGAAUAUCAUUACGAGAGUGAAGAAGGUGAAGAUACCUUGUUUAAAUGUGAUCAUUGUAAUAAUGUUAGUAAUGUGGAGAAAACAGAAUCAAUGCCCCUUAAGAAAGAAGAAGAUUGUGAAGUCGACGUCCAGUAUGGGUUGAGUAAAGAUCAUUUAAAUUUAUUAUGCUUCUAUUACCCCAGGGGACGUCAAUUGAAUUGGAAUCGAUGCCAAGAGAUUGUGGAGAAUGAUAUUGAUGAAGGGUUUAUUGGGAAAGACGAAAAAGUGAUAAUUGAUACUUAUUUACACAAAUUGGGGGAUGAUGUGAUUGAUCAAGGUGUAUUGAGAAUUAUUGAUGCGAGAUUGACCUCUACAUGCAAAUACCCUGAUUUUCCUAUUAAUAGAUAUUUGAAAAAUAAUUUCAUUACAUUAGAUGAAGAAAGUAGUAUUGUAGAGGCAGCGGAUGGUGAGAUCUGCAGCGAGUGUGGUGUGGGCAAAUUAAAGAGUAUACGUAGUAUUGAAGUGGGUCAUACGUUUAACAUUGGCCGGAAAUAUAGUGAAACGUUUGGAUUCCAAUAUAUUAAUUCAGAAGAUAAGAAAUGUUUUGUGGAGAUGGGAUGUUAUGGGAUCGGUAUAAGUCGAAUUGUUGGUAGUAUUGGUAAGAUCAAUCUUGAUUCGAAAGGGUUCCGUUGGCCCAGUGUAAUUGCACCUUAUCAAGUUUCAAUUGUGGGUAAAGAUGAAGGGAGGGUCGAUCCUGUGGUAGAUUUGUUAAAAGAGAACUACGAAGAUGAAAUGUUGAAUUUAUUUAAAGUCGAUCAAUUGAAGAAGAAUGGUAAAAUGGGGAUACGAGAACAAAUGAUGAUUUCCGAAGCCAUUGGUGUACCAAUUUGCUUGGUAGUAGGAGGGCGCCGUAGUGGUGCUAACGAAGUAGAAAUGAUGGUUAGGGGGAAUAAACAAGUGGCAGCAUAUAACAAGGUUGUUAGUUUGGAUCAAUUGCAAGGGGAAUUGAAAGAUGUGUUGGAAAAAGUGUGA